UAGUGAUGAGCGCCAACGGAUCCGCCAAUGGAUGUAACGGCAAGUCAUCGACAGUCGACCGAAGACACGAAGACACCAACGGUUACCACAAACACGAGCCGAUCGUCACCAACGGACACGUGACUUAUCAGCAAAACGGGACCAAACAACGGGCCAACGGUGGCCAACACGAGCGCAAUGGCACCGUAACCACGGGUGUGACGACCACCACAACCACCACCACUACUGGGCGGACAGUGACCGUAGAGGAGGCGCCCUUUCACAUCGUGCUGUGCUGUUACCUGUCGUACGCUGUGCUCAUCCUAUUUGGCUAUUUGCGCGACUUUAUGCGCCGGACGGGCGUCGAGCGGACGACUAGCGCCGUGGAGACGGGUCGCGACGGCUAUGUGGCCCUCUAUAAGAGCUUCGAGAGCUUCUACACCCGUAAUAUCUAUCGCCGCAUAUGUGACGCCUGGAAUGUGCCCAUCGCGUCGGUUCCCGGCGCCACCAUCCAGAUCGUCGACCGCCUGACCCCUGAUUACAAUCACACCUUCAGAUAUCCGGGCACUACAACCGAUGCCAUAAACAUGGGUUCGUAUAACUAUCUGGGAUUCGCCGAGAAUACCGGCGUAAACGUCGGCAAAGUGGAGGACACGGUCGGGAAGUACGCGGUGGGCGUCGGCACCACUCGUCACGAGUGCGGCACAAUCGAUACACAGCAAGAGUUGGAGAGCCGUUUGGCCGAGUAUUUGGGCGUCGAGUCUAGCAUUGUGUUCGGUAUGGGCUUCGCGACCAACGCGGCUAAUCUGCCGACACUGGCCGGCAAGGGAUCGCUGAUCAUCAGCGAUGAGUACAAUCACGCGUCGCUAAUACUCGGGUGUAGGAAAUCGGGCGCCUCUAUAGCGGUGUUUAAACACAACGACAUGAAGGACUUGGAGAGCAAAAUACGAUUGAAUAUAAUCGCCGGUCAGCGGCGGACACACCGGCCGUGGAAGAAGAUAAUCAUUGUGGUGGAGGGCAUCUACAGUAUGGAGGGCACGAUCAUAGACCUGCCGGAAGUGAUUCGGCUGAAGAAGAAGUACCGCUGCUAUGUAUACCUCGAUGAGGCGCACAGUAUCGGCGCUAUUGGACGCCGCGGUCGAGGGGUUACCGACUAUUUCGGGUGCGAUCCGCGCGACAUCGACCUACUUAUGGGCACUUUUACCAAGAGUUUUGGCGCCGCCGGAGGCUAUAUCGCCGGCCGUAAAGAGAUUAUCGAUUACAUUCGGCAGAAACGCAUUGACCAAUUGGCCAGAAAUUCCCGAUACUUCCGGCGGCGACUCAAACAAUUGGGUUUUGUAGUGCUCGGCGACGACGACUCACCCGUAGUACCCGUUAUGAUAUACUUUUUGUCUAAGAUAUCAUGUAUCAUACGUUCAGUGGUGACCAAAGGGGUCGGUUUAGUGGGCGCCGGCUUUCCCGCCACAUCCCUAUCCACCGGACGCGUCCGCUUCUGUGUGUCCGCCUCUCACACGAAACAAAUGCUGGACAAAGUGCUGGACGUGAUGGACGAGAUCGGCGAUCGGGUGUCCGUCAAGUACUCAAAGCUACCAAAAAGCGAUGAGAUUAUUGUUUAUUAACAUUUGGUGUUGAGAUUGAAAAUUAUAGCACAUUUCGAGACCGAAGCAAAAACAAUGUUAUAUUUGAUUAACAAUUCAAUUAUAAUAAGCCAUAAGAACUACUUUGUCAAUGAAAUUCCAG